GCCAAUUCUCUACAAGCUGACUCGCUAGUAGUUGCGACCGGCUGGUUUAAUAUAGAUUUCGUGAAUGUUAGCUGCAUUGCCUUUAUGCCUGCACUUAUCAUUUCUGGAACCAGUUCAAGCUGACCUCAAAUCACCCAUUAAAACUCAUAAGUUUUACUGUAACGAUGAACUUGGACUUCCCUCUGCUCUAAUUGAGUCGGUGAAGGGCAUCGUCACGCCUACCGCACCGACAAGGUUCUGCCGAGCGGCCCGCGUUGACUGCUGGCUUGCUGCUACACUGUUAAACAAGUACAUUCGUCAGCAAGCAAGAGCAAAAUGCAAAGAGUCGAUGACACGAGAUGAGGCCAAAGGUCACGAAGAGAAGCCAGACAACGGAUGUUGACUGAUCAGUCAAUGAGAGAGGUGGAGGCGAGUGGAGGGGACGAGAGAAGCGUAUCACCCGGCCGCGGGCGCGCGCUUUCAUUUGCUAGCUGUGUACUUGCAUGUUGGUCUCAGUACUCCGUCUAACUCCACGUCGCUCCUAACAUCGACAGCCAAUGCGCUAGCUAUUAUUCGAUCAGCCUUUCUCAGCAAAGUUUUGUUUAUGAUGGACAUAACAUGGAACUUCUUAGUUUCUUUCUUUUUUGGAAUCCUUUUAUGGCCGACUGUUUUCUCUAGUGAGCUGCAGUGUAAGGAUGAAAACAACAAACCUGUUGAUUGGUUCGUGGCUAUUAAACUACCACACUUGAAAAGCAGUAAAGAUCUGAAUGUGAGGGAGGGUGUAGCCUAUGUAUUUAUCACCUCUGAAUCAAUCACCAGAAACUGGACUUUGUCCACACGCAACGUUCGGGACUCAAAUUCAAUAAUGGGCAAUACACUUAAACCUCUAUACAGUGAUCAGGUCUCAAAUUUUGCAAGGAUAUUGUACAAUGAUGAACCACCACAUGGUGAUACCACAAUGACUCUGGGCCACACAAAAGGUGUUGCUUUUGGGGACAGAGAAUCUGGGCUGUGGUUAAUUCACAGUGUACCACAUUAUCCUCCAGAGGCGAGCAACAACGAGUAUUCUUAUCCUAACACAGGUGUCAUUUAUGGACAAAGUUUCCUGUGUGUUACAGUGCCUCCAAAAGGACUAGAAACCAUAGGUCAACAACUUACAUACAACGAACCCAAUAUAUAUGAUGCUGAAGUACCAGAUACUAUGAAUUUAUCAUAUCCUUGGUUUGCAAAAGCUGCCAAUGGAGAGCGUGUAAAAUCUGCACCUUGGUUCAAAUCUGCACAAUUUUCCUCAUAUGGUGGCCAAUCUUUUAUAUCUUAUGCCAAAUCCAAGCACUUUGGAAAAGAUCUGUAUGCAGAUUGGUUAGCUCAAGAUCUCAAGACAAAUCUUCUUGUGGAAACAUGGAAUCAUGGACCAGGAUCAAAAAUGCAAUCUGAAUGUGGAAAACCUUACAAAGUGGAGAAUGUGGAGGGGUUGUCGCUUGAUUCAUUGUCAUUUAGAACCGGUGAAGAUCACUCCAAAUGGGCAGUGUCGUCUGGUGAUGAAAAACCAUGGGUGUGCAUAGGAGACAUCAAUAGAAUGGAACACCAGAGGCAACGUGGAGGUGGUACGGUUUGUUUAGAGGAUUCUCGACUUUAUCAUGCUUACCAUGAUUCAGUAAUCUCUCUAGAUGUGUGCCCAGCUAGCAUUGUCUUUCUGCCCAAUAAUACAACCAGAGAAUGAAGACAGACAGAGUUAUCACAGUUGCAUGUCUAGAUUUUCAACACAAAUACUUUAAGUAGAAAUCAUGUACAGUAAACUUUAUUUACAUAACUUACAAAAGCUGAAAAUUUGCUGUAUAAUUCUAGUUCUGAGAAUAUGGAAAGAAAUUAAUUGGACGGGUACACUUUGUAUUUACUUCAAAACAGAAGACAUAAAAAGGUUUCGAUUAAUUUUC